AUGAAGGUCAUCAUUGUUGGUGCAGGCCCCUGCGGACUUCUACUCUCUAUUCUUCUCAAAAAGCAAGGAAUCCAAGUCCAAGUUCUCGAAGCCUCCGACAAGCUCGAUGAGCAACCUCGUGCCUGUCACUACGCGGGUGCUGCAAAACACGAGCUUGAACGAGCAGGUGUCCUCGACCAAAUCUCAGCUGAAGGCUUCCACCCUGGUGCCGUUAGCUGGCGCAAGCAAGAUGGCACGCCAAUCGUCACGUUGGAUAAUCACAGCGAGCCCAAGUCGAGCGUGCACCGCAUAGUUUGCCUCGAGCUGGGCCGUGUAAUUCAGAUAUUGCAUGACGCAGCGAUUGCGCAGGGCUGUGAGAUCUUGAUGCAGCAUAAGGUGACGGAAUCUGUGGGACAGUCAGCGGAGGAGGCUUGGGUGGAUGUCGCGAUACCAUCAGGAGAGACGGUGAGAUUCAAGGCAGACUACAUCGUUGGCUGCGAUGGGGCGAAUAGCCAGGUCCGCCGAGCUCUAUUUGGAGAGUUGGAGUUUCCUGGCCGUACCUGGGACGAGCAGAUCAUUGCAAGCAAUGUCUACUAUCCUUUCGAAAAGUUUGGUUACGACGACUCCAACUUUAUCGUCCAUCCAAGUGACUGGUAUAUGGCAGCGAAGAUUACUAGUGACGGAAUGUGGCGCGUUACAUACGGAGACGUGCCCGGUCUGACCAAGGAACAAUACACCGAACGUCUUCCCAUGCGAUUCAAGGAGAUUCUGCCAGGACAACCAGGGCCCAAUGACUUCAAGCUGGCGAAUAUCGGCCCUUACAAGAUGCACCAGAGAUUAGCCCAGAGCAUGCGCGUCGGAAGAUUCCUCCUCGCUGGUGAUGCCGCACAUCUGUGCAAUCCAUUUGGCGGCCUCGGCCUCACUGGCGGUAUUGCAGAUGUUGGAUGCCUUUACGAUGCUCUUGUUGGCAUUCAUAGAGGACUUGCCGACGAAGGAAUUCUGGACGAGUACUCAGAUAUUCGAUCUAAAUUGUACCGCACCAUUGUCGACCCAAUGUCGACCGAAAACUUCAAGCGCUUAUGGUUCAAGGACCCAGAGACCACCAUCGCCGAGGAUGAGUUCUUUAAACUGGUGAGAAAGGCGACUACGGACGAGGAUCUCUUGAAACAACUCCGACAGGGAGGAAUGGCUUUAAGAUAUGACCUAACCCAGUUCUAUCGCAAAGACACCACCGCAAUUGAUGACCACGUCGAGCUUGUUGGUCAAGCCAUCAAGUCGGCUUAG